GUUGCGGUAAAUGCAACCGUGCGUAUGCCAACCACCAAUAAACUCCAAAAGAAGUUCAUCCGUGCCGAGAGCGGCUGUAAACAAACCAGCAACAACAUCGCAGGAAAAUCGCAGUAGUUGAUUAAAUCAUCGCUGUGGGCUUUCGUGGUGAACAAUCCUGAUAUUUACAGCAAAGAUGUAAUGUGUCAUGUUAUUUAUGAGCUCAGAGUGUCUUUGAAAAACGCUGAUGGUCAGUAGCAGACAAAUGGACACGUUUGACCGUGUAGCAUAUCCGAGUUGAUUUUGCAUUCAUUCAGUGAUGUAAACACGUUGGUUUUUUUUUUUUUUGCAUUCUUGGGAAGGAUACUUAUAAAGUGCAUCCCAUCACAGCUUGAAUAUUUGUGCUGCCGGUUAAUUUACUCGUAGUACUAUUCGUAUCUGAAUAGCCUGGAAUGAAUCGAACUGCUUUGCCUUCCGUCGGAUUUUGCCCCAGGCAGUGUGUCCCUAUUAUUCUUUGAUUGGGAAAUUUAAGUGGUCCCAGUUGGGAAUGCACACUGCUGGGUCCUUUCUGCUGAGAUCGUGUUCUUUAUCGGUCUGUGCGACUGUCAUGAUCGGGAUGUUGUCAGUUUUUUAUUUUAUCCAUCCAAUUGAGAAUACAGUUCUAUAAAAGCCUUUAGCCUACAACCGAUGAUCCACAAUAAGACUAUUGUGUCAAGGCAUAGGCCUAUCAUUUGGUUUGAUACAGCAAUGGGCCAGGCUGGUGUGGGUGUUAAACGCAAAGACAUUAGAGUCAAAGGCCACCGUAUAUGGGUAGGCAGGGUAGGUCUACGUGUAGAAUUGAGGCAUUUAUAUGACACUGUGUUCGUGAAGUAUUUAUCUUUACUUUAUAUUAACACGAUUUAGGUCAUACAUCCCUAUAAGAAGAAAUAUUCAAACCAGAAUGCAUCAAACUGGCCAAGUUUGCAUGCCCACUGCCUAGCAAAAGCAUCACUGCUUCAUCACGAUCGUGCCCAGUGUCACAUUGCUUUGGUGGUGAUGUGUGUGUCUUUAUUCAUGUUAAUCACUCUACGGUAUUCUGUUGCAGCCACUAUUUGGAACCCAGCUGACCAUGGAUGAUUGUGGAUUGAAGGAAGAAGAAUUUGAAGAGGAUAUUUGUCCAAGACAGGAAAUAAAAAGGGAAGAAGAGCCUCAUGACAUCAAACAGGAAGACUCUACAGAUUUGAAACAGGAAGUGAAAGAAGAAAAAGGAGAGCCCAGUGUUCUAGAACGUGUGGAUGCAGCAUUCUCCUCCUGCUGCCCGGUACCUCUUAGGGACGUGAAACUAGAAGAUUCCAAUAAUCUACAUGUGGAUUCCACAGGAACAGCAGAGAUCUCCGUAACAUUAAAAGAGGAGCAGGAGGAGCAGGAGGAGGAGAUGGAAGAAGGCGAAGAGGAGGAGGAGGACGACGAAGAAGAAGAGGACGAUGACGACAAAGAAGAAGAAGAAGAGGAGGAGGAUGACGAGGACGACAAUGACGAUGAUGACGACGACUACGACUUUUUGGAGGCUUUUGGGGGGCCACAAAGGAAGGAAUUUAGCUCACUGUGCAAAACUGCAAGUGGAAAGGACUUUGGAGCUACAGAUGGUUUGAAGUCAUGGGAAUGUACUACAUGUGGAAAGGCCUUUAAAUCUAAAUGGUAUUUCAAAGAUCACCAGAGAACCCAUACAGGUGAAAAGCCACACCAGUGCACCAAAUGUGGAAAGGCCUUUGCUGACAAACGUCGUCUCAAAGAUCACCAGGGAAUACAUACUGGAGAAAAGCCUGACCAGUGUACUACUGGAGAAAAGCCUUACCAGUGUCUUUCAUGUGGAAAGGGAUGUAGAGACAUCUGGCAACUAAACUGCCAUCAGAGAAUCCAUUCUGGAGAAAAACCUUACCAGUGCACCACAUGUGGAAUGGCCUUUGCAAUGUCAGGAAACUUAAAGGCUCACCAGAGAACCCAUACUGGAGAAAAACCUUACCAGUGUAGCGUAUGUGAAAAGGGCUUUGCACAGUUAAGUUAUCUCAAAGGUCAUCUGAGAAUCCAUAGCGGACAAAACCCUUAUGUGUGUACCACAUGUGGAAAGGCCUUUGCAAUGUCAGGAAACUUAAAGGCUCACCAGAGAACCCAUACUGGAGAAAAACCUUACCAGUGUAGUGUAUGUGGAAAAGGCUUUGCACAGUUAAGCAUCUUAGAAAAUCAUCAGAGAACCCAUACUGGAGACAAACCUUACCAUUGUACCACAUGUGGAAAGGACUUUGCACAAAAUGGAGGUCUCAAGAGGCACAUUAGGCGAACCCAUACUGGAGAAAAACCUCAGCAGUGUAGCACAUCAAGAGUUAUCUGAAACGGCAUCAGGUCAGAAGGCAACAUGCAGAGAAUGCCUGCUAUAUACAGUACAUAUUAGGGUGCGCCUCCAGCUGUUUGAUGAUGUCAUAUCAGGACAAUCUGAAAUGCAAUGCUAAUCUCAGAUUGGUUGCUAGGAGUGAAACUAGAGCUGAACGGUAUACCAAUAAAAAAGCUCGGUUCAUACCUACACAAGGUUCACUUUUUGAUGAGAGACUUUUUUUUUGUUCAUACUAGGCUACAUGCAUGAACUUCAUACUUCGUGUCACACUACAUUUCAACUCUGUUCACCACUGUUGCUUUUCUACUAGGGAAUGUCGACACAAUGUAAGAUGUUGAUUGAACUGAUAAAAUAAUUGGUUGGCACUAAAGAGGCUGGUGAGAGUGGAACACAAUGAACCCACAUGGCAUGGAUGAAUCAUGACAAACAUUUCAAUUAACAUAGACUGCCUUUGAUCUCACAGUUAAAUAAAAGGUAAUUUGACAGGUAUGUGGUGCUAUUUUAACAGGCUACAACAAUCCUCAGAUUCUUUACUGUAUUUAAGAACCAUCCCAACUGUGCGCACACACACACACACACACACACACACACACACACACACACACACACACACACACACACACACACACACACACACACACACACACACACACACACACACACACACACACACACACACACACAGACACACAGACACACACACACAAAACAACAACAACAACAAUAGACUAGAUAUGAGAAGUGUGUGUGUCUGUAAUACGCUUAAUAUAAAGACCUGUGGUGGACAAGAAUAAUUUAGUUCUGAUCAUGUGAAUCGAUGGUUGUCUGGCAGCAAACGCCAGACUAAAUCACAAGUGUGAUCUGCGUAUGGCAUCGAGGACAGAUGAAAUGACAAACUCCGGAGCUCUGUAAACAUGCUUUAUUUUACUAAUGCAAUUAUUGUACUUGGCAAAUAAAUGUAUUGGAUAUUGGAAAUGGA